ACUUUCAUUCUGUGGCUAUGUUUACCAAGAUAUAUUGAAAGUUUCACAAGCUAUUCGUUUAGCUGAAUCUCACUUGUAAAAAAAGAUGGGAAAGGCGAUUCGUUUUAAAAGCAAGUAUAUUUUGUUUUUUGGAUUGGCUUUAGUAGCUGUAGGUUUGUUUCUCUAUUUGAAUUUGGAGAAAAGUAUACUUGGUAGAAGGUUUCACAGAAGGAAAUUAACAUGGGACAACACAUAUGAAAUAAAUAUCAAAUUAAAACCAAGUAAAAAUGAUGUGCCUGUUGUAAUAGUUGACGAACAUAACGAAGUCAUUCCCUAUUGGUACAAAGCUGUCGAGCAGGGAAUUAUCCGAAGCAAGGGAAAUACACUGAUACAUAUAGACGGUCAUUCAGAUAUGGCUACACCAGAAGAAUACGAACCACUCCAAAAAUUUAAACAUAAAUCCCCGUCACGUGACAGUGAGUUUUUACCAUUAAUGCAGUCCAAUGACGUGUUUAUAAUAUCCGCCAUAAUGAAAGGUUUGAUAAGUCACGUGGUUUGGGUGAGACCAUCUUGGAAUGAGGGAAGCAACUACACAUCUCUAAUGCACUCAUACGUUGGAACAUACAUGCGCAAUAAAAACGAGAAAGUAAUUUGCGAAUGUCAAAAACCUGUAUAUAAGCGUUCAACCACCUCUUCAUUCUUAUGUACAUAUCUAAUUCGGGAGGUUGAUAAUGAUAUUACAAUACCACAGAAUCAAUGUACAAAGAUUCGUUCUUUCACAUACAUUAUGGUGAGUGAAAAAAAGUUUAUGAGGUUAGUUGAUUUAAGUAAAGUAAAGAACUUGUUCGUUGAUAUCGAUGAAGAUUAUUUUGGUGUUGAAAGCGGAGUUCAAAGUUUUAUUGAUACUGGCAUAAGUUUAGAAACUCAGAAAGUAGUAAACGAAGCAUUAGCUGAACUGUAUUGUCCAACCUCGACAAAUGUUGAACAGAUUUUGAAUAAAGAAAUUCGUGACAUGUUUUUACAAGUUAGCAAACUUGGCCAUAAAAGCACGGAAGAAUUAGCUUUAACGUUUAAAAACGAGUUAUACGACAGAACUAAAUCCUAUAUUUGUAAAACUACUCCAGAAAGAAUACAAGAAGAAGCCUCGGUGUUAUUCUCGUCUUUAAAACCAAGAGAGAUUCGCGCUUUGUCAAAAGCAAAGUAUUGUUUACGAAACAGUCCGAGAUUGAUGUUACCCUCAUCAGAAUUUUUUCUCUGCCACGGUACAAUAUUCCCAAAUGAUACGUUAAACCAAAUCUACAUAGGGUCAUCAAAUGAAGUAAAAACAAGAGGGAAACAAUUAGUGAAUAUGCUGAACUUUAUAUAUAAUCAUACACAACCAAGAUUUUUCACAAUAGCACGGUCACUUCGAGAUGGAUAUACACCAAGACGACAGCAAAGAUAUAUCGAAAGUGUUAUAUUGGAAAGUUUAGAUGAAGUUUUUAAAAAGCAUGGUCAGGUAAAGAGAAUAGUGUAUGAUCCGUAUCUGGUGUUCGGAAGUGAAGGCUGGACUUAGUUUCUGCGGUGAUGGUAACUUCAACCACGACACAGGUUGUGUAUUGUAUCACUUUGUAAACACGUCACACUUUAUAAUCCCAUCGCAUUUUGUAAUCCCAUCUUGUUAUCCCAUAAAAAUGAGUGAAAUUUUGUAAAGUUGUUAAACAUGAAAAUGCUAUUUGUAAGUUAAUAUAAAAACGAAAUAUUAUUUUUAUUAUUAAUAUUUCUAUUAUGCACGAAAAGUAAUCGUAUUAUUUCGUAGAACUUAUUUUUGCGAAAGAAGUGCUGUAACGUACUUGCUGGGGUCUAAGUAGCCGUACGGCAUGUAACACUAUAAGUAAAAGGUAGCCAUAAGUUAUGUAAUGAAUGUGUUACGACUUCGUUACAAUAUACGUCUGUGUUAUGCAUAACUAAAAUACGAUUAAAACCCAAGAGCCUUGUCUCGCUCAGUCCAGUCAUAACAAGAAGUAAAAACCUUUUAUAUAUAUAUUCUAAAAUGAGAUAUAAUUUUUUUUAUAGUUGUAUAUAGUCCAAAUCUUAAAAAAGUGUUGUCAAAUAUAAAUUCAUUUGUAGGUAUAUAUUUUUCAGACCGGAAUAUAUGUAAAAAAAUUUUAAGUGAUUUUUUGAAGCGACUUCAUUAAUAAACUAGUUGUACCACUAAAUAGUUCUCAGAGACGAUAAUAAUGGUAUUGUCAAUUAUACAUGUUAAUUAAAGAGUUUUAGUCUGUUAAAUGUUGAAAAAUAGUCUAAACUUCCUUUUCGUCACCAGUUCUUUUUGAGAUUGAACCUUAAAGAGAUCUGGGGUUGAGAAUAAAUUUUACAGCUAAAGCUAAUGACAGCAUUUCUGUGUUGAAUUUACUUGCGGCAAAUAUGUAUGGACUCAGUAAAAUUUUGAAUAAUUUUAGCUAUUUUGAAUUUAUAUUAUCUUUCUCA